UAGCUGGGGCCAGCGCAGGGCGGCGGCGCUCGCUUCGUGUCCGAGGGCCGCGCUGUGCCUCGAUUUACCGGCCUGGGGCCGGGCGGGGAUGACGCCGCCGCUGCCCUGGGUUCGGGGCCACGCGUGGGGCGGGCGGAGGAGCGGCAGGGCCCGUCCCGUGGGGCUGCGGCGCCCGGCCCGGCGGGAGCGGGGCUGGGCCUUGCCGGUCAGGGCUCUGGAUCCUGAGCGUUCCGUGCGCCUUUGUACCUCCUCGGGCAAGGAGCGGAAUCCGGUCACGCUCUGUCAAGCUUUGCGAGGAUCCAGCGCAAACGCCGGCAUGAGCAGGGUAUUGAAGCCCCCAGGAGGAGGGUCUAGUAACCUCUUCGGGAGUACAGAGGAAGUUUCUUCUUCAAGCAGGCCACACCGAAUGGCAUCCGAUAUCUUUGGAGCAUCAGAACAGCCUCAAAACAUUCCAAAAAGAACAAACCCUCCAGGAGGAAAAGAAAGCGGUAUUUUUGAGGAUUCUAGUUCUGCUCAGCCUCGUCCACGCAUGAAUCCACCUGGUGGGAAGACAAGCGAUAUCUUUGGGUCUCCUGUGUCUACCAGUGUUGUGCGAGCACACCCAAACAAGCCCAAGGAUCACAUUGUCUUGAAAGAAGAUGAAACACCAAAGAAGCUUGAAGCUACAGAAAAUAUCAAACCACAGCUGGAAGAUGGAGGCGAGAGAAAAGACGUGGGCAAAGAGGAGCGAUGCUCGGAGCCAGAGCCGAAGUUAGACAAUCACGAGCCCCGGUUAGGGCCGAGGCCGCGCUCACACAACAAGGUCCUCAAUCCGCCGGGGGGGAAGUCCAGUAUCGCGUUCUAUUAGUCAUCUGUUCCCUGUCACUAACGGAGGCUGUGCAGAAAUGCUUGUCUGUGGUUGCAAGGUCAGUUUAUGGACUGUUGUUUGUGGAUAGGUCAUUAGACAGAUGAUUGAGGUUCAUGCUGAAGUGUGUAAGGGUGUUAACCUGAUGAUUUGGGGAGGGAGGGUUGGGGAGGGAAAGGGUGCCCAGUGGGAGAUGUGAGCAUUGGCCUGCCUGGGUGGGUAGCGGGGGGGACAUUAGUGUAACUUUGUGGAAGAUCAGUGCUACUUGUGGUGAGUUCAUCAGACUGAGGUUCUCAGCUAGCCAGUGGCUCAGGAUGCUCUCGUGGAGUCAGGUGCAUCCAUACAGUCAACAUGUAAAAUAUGGUGAAUGGUGAGGACCCAGAGACCACCCCAGACACCUUCUGCAGCAGGCGGGUAGGCUGUGCCUCCCCCUGGGGCACAGGAUGCAGCCUCACACGGGAGCUGGUAGCAGUCACUUGAAUGUGAAUACAUUCCACUGGAACUAUGGUGCUGUGGGUUUGAGUGUCUUCAGUCUUCGGUUCUUUUUCUCCUUUCUUGCCUUGCAGCACAUGAUUGCUGAUACAAGGCCAACACAUGCUGAAAGUUUCUUUUAUACUCAUGAACCAUCAUAGGUUAAUAAAUACAGUGGUCUUCCCCUCCCCAGAGUAUUCAGGCCUUUCUGAUGCCUUCAGUAAUCUGAUUACUACGACUAGCUCUUGAACAGUGAUGGCAUCAGUCUGACACACUGCUCCAUGAAGGUGCUUCUAGAAGACUUUUAUUUCAAGUGUCCUGGUUGAGUGCUUGCACAUUUUCUGGUAAAGAUGUGGCUGCAAACAAUAGCUUUAUGGUGCUCUUUGAACAGAAGCUACUUAAAGUGUACAAUUACCACAGAGAGUGUCUGAUAGUGUCCAGCCACUAGCUCUGACCCAACCAGUGUAGAAUUGCCUCAGCUUCUGCACAGGUUUUUCCUUUGUACCCUGCAGAAACCAGGACUGGUUCUGCUGGCUUUACCACAGCAUGUUCGUUUGUCUGUGCUGAUUGUGUUAGUGACUCUCUUGUCUUUGGUCAGCCUUACUUUUGCCUUCGACUGCCUCAGAUUUUUGUUAGUAAGGUUGGGAGAAGUACAUGGAUUCUCCCAAACCAGGGCUGUAGUUGUUGUGAGACAUGCUGUAGACUAUGCUAGUUGGAGAAACAAAGACUAGUGAUACCAACUUUUGGUUGUGCUGGCUCUUAAAUCAUGUUUGGAAGAUGUGCGUGUUCUGAGCAAACAUGCUUUGGGGAGGGUAGCUCCCAUCAUUUGUUCUCUGAAUGAACUUUCUGAUCAUAUCCAGAGCUUUCUAUCAUAUCCAGAGAUAUGAUAUGAGCUAUCAUAUCUAGAGCUACUGUUAACAUGAGGUGCUUACUAUUCAAUGGAUUUCAUAGUGACUUUUUACAUUUGACAUAUUGAAACAGGCGUCGUUCAGGUUCACCAAAUAACACAUGGCCUUACCUGCCUCUAUCUGCUGCUGUUCUAGCCCAGGUUCCCUGGGGACUGGCUCUGCGAUGGGGGCUAAAACACUCUGUGAUGAUGGUGCUUGGCUGAGGGCUCAGUCCAGUUGAUGUCAGCUGUGGUGGAUGUCUGCAUGAAGACUUAGUCCCUUUCCAGAUAGUGGAAGUGAAAUACAUGGGAUGUGCUAAGAGUAGAAAUAGCCAUAAAAAGCUGGGAUCUCAGUGUCUUUGUACGUUUCAGAUAGGUUUGGAGCUCCCUGUCAUUUGCCCUCCUGGGAAAACAGGAGGAAAAGAGUGGUUCUAACUGCAACCCUGGAAUGGACUUCUGUUAGUUCCAUAUAUGUCUUUCCUAGCAGCAAUGCUUGAGUCUGUGCUGGCUAGCCUCUGGCUGAGUCUGAGCCAUCCAUUUCAGCUCCUUCAUCUAGUACUUGACAGGGUUUAGGAGGCCACCAUGUGGAAAAGUCAACCAGAGGCUGCUUUCUGCACUGAAGGGGCUGGUGUAAUUGACAUCGACUGUAGCACCAAGCUUAGGCUUGGCAUCUUCUUAUACCUGCUGUGCAUUGGCUGCAGUGCCUGUCUUUUAAACAGAAACUUCCAACUAGGCCUUAAAUUAGUUAAUCUAGGUUAAUUUUCUUGCAUUGCUUUCUUUGGAAUCUAAACCAUGUUUUUAACUCAUCAAAUAGGAUUGAUAAGAGCAAUUUUCCCGGGACGGAGGGGGAUUGGAAAUCAAAUGAUGAAUAAUGCAAUUGUCAAUAAACCUCUGUAUUUUGUUACUUCA